AUGUCAACUUUUGACAAUACAGGUACAAAAGGCGAUGUCAAUACUGUCGUCGGAAGCCUCUCUGAGGCAGGUGGUUCUGAAGAAUACGAGACCGCCGUUCCGGUUCCAGCUCCAGUUGCACGAAAUUGGAGAUUUUGGAUGGUUUUUGCAGCUCUGUCUAUCACAGGAUUGCUGUCAGCAAUUGAAGCAACAGUAAUAUCCACGGCACUACCAACGAUCUCUGAACGCCUGAAUAUAGGCGAGGACUACGCUUGGCUUGUGAACUCUUUCUUCCUCACAAGCAUGAUCUUUCAACCUCUUUUCGGACAAGUCGCCGACAUUUUUGGCAGGCGAUGGCUCAUGAUUUUCAGCGUGGCCGUUUUUAUCGUUGGAAGUGGAAUUUGCGGGGGAGCGUCAAGCAGCGCGAUGCUAAUUGCAGGUCGAAGCAUACAAGGUAUCGGUGGCGGAGGAGUCAACGUUCUCAUCGAGCUGAUCAUCUGCGAUCUGGUCCCUCUGCGCGAGCGAGGCAAGUUUCUGGGCAUCGUUAUUUCAACGUUCACAGUUGGAUCAUCAGUUGGGCCAUUUCUUGGAGGGCUCAUAGUUGAGAAAACGAUCUGGAGAUGGAUAUUUUAUAUGAGUUUGCCCAUCGGAGGCGGGUCCUUGCUUCUUCUAUUCGCAUUUCUGCAAGUCCAAUACACGAAAGAAUCGACUUUCGUACAGAAAAUGAAACGAAUCGACUGGCCAGGAAAUGCAGUUCUCAUCCCCGCACUAAUUGCCAUUCUCAUCGCUCUUACGGACGCAGGUACCAAGGCACCCUGGUCGUCAUCGCGUAUCAUUGUCCCUCUUACUCUCGGGCUCAUUGGGCUCAUAGCCUUUCAGUCUUAUGAAUCCUCCAAAUUCUGCCUCGAGCCGACUGUACCUCCUAGUUUGUUUUCGAAUCGCACUACCGUCACAGCAUACAUUCUCGUCUUCCUCCAGACCAUCACUGCGAUCUGGGUGAUAUACUUCUUUCCCGUAUACUUUCAAGCUGUGCUCCUGUCCUCACCCUAUCGAUCAGGUGUCCAGAUUUUAGCGACCUUUCUUGUCGUUCUUCCUUUUGCAGCUUUGGGUGGGGUCUUGAUCUCGAAAUUCGGCAGAUACAGGCCGCUCCACCACAUUGGAUUUGCCCUUAUGACACUUGGCUUCGGACUCAAUACACUCCUUGAUGCCAAGUCGAGCACUGCAGAGUGGGUCAUCUAUCAAACAAUUAUAGCAGCCGGCCAGGGACUCCUGGUGAGCAGCGCCCUUCCCGCAAUUCAAGCUGGACUGCCAGAAGAGCUUGCAGCUUCAUCUACAGCAACCUUUGCAUUCACUCGAAGCUUUGGCGCGGUUUGGGGCGUGACAAUCCCAGCAGUCAUUUUCAACAAUCAGUUCAAUAAAUCCGCGAAGGCGAUUACCGAUCCGGCUAUUCGGUCUCAAUUUUCACAUGGGCAAGCGUAUGGUCAUGGCACGCGAGACUUCAUCAAUUCAUUUGAGCCUGCUGUUCGCGAAGAGAUUAUUGGCGUGUAUGUGGGCAGCUUGAAAGUGGUGUGGCAAGUCGCGAUUGCAAUCUCUGCAUUUUCGUUCUUGCUCGUGUUUAUUGAGAAGGAAAUCAAACUCAGGACCGAACUCGCGACUGAGUAUGGGAUGAAAGCAACAAAGACAAAGGAGGCGACCACGGAACCUGAAAAAGUGUGA